ACCGUAUAGAAGUAAACACAAGUACGGUGCUUGCGGUCUUGUGGAUGUGGAUUCUGGACAUUCUGUGAAAUAAGAAAUUAUUGGUUAGAGCUCCCAAAAUAGAAAAGAAUACAAUUUUUUUUGAGUGAUCGAAGGUUAACCGAUGAGGAGGGAGGAAUGUAAAAAAGGAUGUUUUUUCUAAAUGAUUUAAAUAUUGGGUUGUUCUGUGAUAGUACCUAAUAAAUGUAAAUGGAAAUCCAGUAAAAUAAUAGUAGUCAGUUUUUGUAUUCAUUGCAAAAUAUGUUAACCCGCAAUUAUUUGAUUUUCUCCAGAUAUGUCUGGCACCAGACAAUUGAAUUAAAGAAGAAUCAUAUUCAAUUGAAAGUAAGACAUUUGAGUAUAGUUUGCAAACCCCAAAGCAAAAUUAAUCAACGUUUUUUCUCAUGGACAAGUGUCUUAUAUAAGGAAAAUAAAAAUGACCCUCCAAAAAAUGAGCAGAAUGUUAAGAAAGAAGAAAAUGUGAUGAAAGUCUCCUCUCAAUUAACGAAUAAAGAAGCAACAAUUCUCUUGGAUAAUGUUAAGGAGAAGAGUCUAGAAGAAAAGAAUGAAAAUGAACCUGGAAGACGAACCACAUCAGAUUCAAUUAAAGAGCUUACAAAAAAGAUAAUUGGAAAAGUAGAAAGUGAUCAAGUUGAAGUUAAACAAGUACCAAAAGAAAGAAAACGUCUGGAUCUUACAGUGCAAUCACUUGAAAGAAAUUUUAUAACUCCAGUAAAAGCAAUGUCUGAUUUUUUACUGAAACCGUCAGAUUUGGAAUCCCUCCCUAAAACAAAAAGGCGUUCUCCUUACGAAUCUGAACCGCCUAUUACCGUUUACUGGAGAAAGGAUGUUGAAGCAAAAGCCCUGGAGGUGUGGAAAUCUCAUGAAAAUCUGAAAAAUGAACUCAUGAAAAGAGAUAUAGAGAAAAAGAAGUAUCAACAAAAUAUAUUCACUAUGAAGCGAAGAUUAAGAGACUUUAGGCGAGAAAUGGAUAAACCGCCAGAGCUAGCCGAGGAAGAAUCAGGUUUGCUUGGAAGAUCAGGAAGAGUGGUUAUGACUGCGGUUGCCAUAAAUGGAUUAAAUUUUUUAUUCAAAUUAUUUGCCUGGUUUCAUACAGGAUCACAUAGCAUGUUUUCAGAAUGUAUACACUCAUUAGCUGAUACCAUUAAUCAAUUAAUUUUGGCUUAUGGAAUUCACAAAUCGGUGCAGAUUGCUGAUUCUUAUCACCCCUAUGGAUAUUCUAAUAUGAAGUAUGUGGCUUCACUCAUUUCAGGCGUCGGAAUAUUUUGUGUAGGGACUGGUUUAUCUUUCUAUCAUGGAAUAUCGGGUCUCAUCUAUCCAACUCCGAUAGAAAACUUGUAUUGGGCAUAUUUCAUACUGGGAGGAUCACUAGUUUCAGAAGGAGCUACUUGGGUGGUGGCCUUCAAUUCAAUAAGGAAGGGAGCUAAAGGUGCCAAAAUGUCAGUAAAAGAUUAUA